AUGCCAAAAUUGACCCGAACAAGUUUGCGUGGUGGUGAUCGACGUAUGGAUGACGUUAACCUGGAUGAUUUCUGGAAUGCAGAUGCGGAUAAGUACAAGUGCUGCUGUCGUACAUUCCAUGUCGUCCGAGCAUCGCUCUUCAUUGCCUAUGCUCAAAUGCUAAUCACAUUUGUCUUCGCACUUUUCUUCACUUUCUAUUACAUACAGGCCAUUAACGGACGCUUACUGCAAGACCAUUGGAUCAAUCAGUUAGGUGAACGAUAUAUUUCUUCACUUCUGUUUGCGGUCACGUUACAGUUGCUUCUUGUUCUUUUACUUGUUCACGGGAUUCGGACAGAACGCCGCUCAUUUUUGCUACCCUUUAUUGUAUUCUCAUUGAUCGCAGUACUUCUCGGCUUUAUCCAGAUCGGGAACGAUUUAUUCGGUUUUAUGCAUCCUUCGUCAUUAGCACACUUAAUGUACGACAACAAUCAGUUCUUUUCCCAUUUGAUUGGGACACUGUUUCAAUUAUGGUGCGUUGCGACUGUAUGGCGAUGCUAUGGUUUUCUGGGAGACAAGAAGGUUGUGCGACACAUUGGAGAGCAACUUUCGACGACUCAGAUGGCAUUUCAUUAUGACGAUAUUCCUCAUGAAUACAUUACGAUGUCACAACCUCCACCGUAUGCCGAUACUGUGAUUAGCAUAGAUAAAGAACCUCUUACGACAUAA